UUCCCAGAAAAUGUUGUUAUUGUAUUAAUCUCAAUCCAAAUUGCCGUACGCAGUGAGCAGAAAGUCAAUGGCAGCAACAACUCCGGUUCAGAAAACAGAGGAGGAAUGGAGGGCCGUUCUCUCCCCUGAGCAAUUUCGGAUCAUUCGCCAGAAAGGAACUGAAAUGAGGGGUACAGGAGAAUAUAACAAGUUCUUUGAAGAAGGAAUUUACAAUUGCGGUGGCUGCGGUGCUCCUCUUUACAAGUCUGCUACCAAGUUUGAUUCUGGUUGUGGUUGGCCUGCUUUCUAUGAGGGUUUUCCUGGUGCUAUCAAUCGCACAUCGGACCCAGAUGGGAGGAGAACUGAGAUAACUUGUGCAGCCUGUGGCGGGCACUUGGGUCAUGUUUUCAAAGGAGAGGGAUUCAAGACACCCACUGAUGAACGCCAUUGUGUCAAUAGUGUUUCUGUCAAAUUUAUACCAGGAAAUGCUUCUACUUCACUGUGAAACAUUGCUUCAUUGGAGGUGUCAUAAUGAAAUACUUGUUUUGUUUGUAGCCUUAUUUAUUUGGGGUUCUAAUAAAGACAACUCCUGCUAUAAGCUUGCAUGACCAAGCACUGAUUGUACUUGAUACUAGUAAAAUCCGUUCACUUUUUUUUUUCCGUCUUC